GCCCUUGCUUGCCGUCUCUGUAAAGUUUAUUUGGAAAAUUGAUCGACUAUGUCGAAGGUUGGUGUUUCCAUUUUGCUCAGAUUAUUUCUCUUCUGAACAUCACAUUUUGUGGUUUCAUCUUUCUCUUCUUUAAAAUCGUUAUUGGUCUGGUAUGAAGGUUUUGAUAAGUCCUUUAGUGAAGCACAGGUGUUUGUGAAGAUAACUUGAAUUUUAGCAAGUGUUGAUGGAUUCAGAUGAUGAGAGUUGCAGCGAUAAUUCUGAUUCAGAGCUUGCCUUCUGUCUAGAAGAUGACUACAAAUUUCAGGACAUAAUCCUGGAUGAUGACAAUGAAAAAUUUGUGUCCAGAAUUAAUCGCUAUUGGGAUAGACAUCCCGUGGUCUUGCCGCAGCACUUGGACUGGAUUUUCCAAUUCGGAGCCAUUAAAUGUGCCACCGCAUUGCUUGGAGGAGAGACGGGUCAGACCAUGGAUUUCUACUGCACUCUCUCUCUCGGGUUGCCGGUGAUGCAUUCCUUGGCUGAAACUUGUGAUGGUGCCUUGAUUGAGUUAUUUAUUCACCAUGGAGCUCCAUUGGAUCACAGGUGUUAUGGUCUUGGUCCAAAUAAUGCAAGCUUAGAAGGCAAGCUGCCGCUGAAUGCAGCUCUUCAGUCGUUAGCCCACAAUAUAUUUUAUGAAGGCUGGAAUCCUAGCAGACCUCUCUUUGAGAUGCUUGUACUCCUGUGCAGCAGGUUCAGUAAGAAAGAUGAGACAAAAGGUAUCAGGCUGCUUGUAUUGAACACCAAAGAGGCUGAGUUAGAAAUUUGUCAAUAUGCAAAGGAGGGAAAAGUUGUAGAGCUUGCUGCUCUUCUAGUGACUGCUAGGGAAAAGGUGGCUCCAAUCUUGUAUCAGAUUGGAGAUGGUUCUACAUCGAAUGGAGGCAUGUCGAUCCGCCAAUGUAUAUCGUAAGUUGGCAGCACUAACUUAUGAGGAGUCCAAAUUUACAUUCUGCAAUGAAAAAAAAUUGAUUCGGGACUGCAAGGAGAAGAAGAUGACAUUUAUGUCUACCGUAGAGCUGCUUGACAUUUUUGAGAUGGCGGGUGACACUAUCGAAACAUAUAUUCGGCUUCGGCAGCAACAAGAUGAGGGUAUGGCAGAAGAGCAGGUGGCUGUAGAUUUUUCUUGGCUGCUCCAGGGAGCAAGGUUACUGCCAAAGUACAAAGGCGUUAAUUUGAGCAAGCUCUGGUCAAGACCCGAGAGGCAUUUAGGAUAUAUACAACCUACAAAGUAUGCAACUAAUACCAGGGCACUGGUAACGAGGAAGUUGCGAGACGGGAAAGUGAAUGACAAUGCAAAGGUGGGAUUUGGAUAACAAACAUAUUAAUGAUUCUAGCAGGAAGUGUUGUUAGAACUUGGAAGCUUGAUCGUACCAUAUUUAUCUUUCUUUAUUAUUGGGGAACUUAUUGAUUAGAUUAAUUUUGGAUACAAAUUUGAUUUUUUAUGAUAUGUGAUCAACAUUAUUGUUAGAGGAUGUUUUGUUUGAGGUCAAGUUGUGUUGGGAAUGGUUUGUUUUUGUUGGGUUUAGGUUAGUCUGCUUAGGAAGUGCCAAUGAUUUGAAAGAUUUCACAAUUAUCUGAUUUCUAUCAAUUAUUACUUCUAAUAUCGAUACAAUUUGUUAUCA